CACCCGCCGUUUCUGUCUCUCAGCUCGGUGGGCAAAGCUGACUGUGCGGGCACUGCGGUGACCAGGGGUGGGAGACAGCCUGCUUCCCAGCCUGGCCCGAGAGGGUGCCAGACUGAGGCCCAGGGCCCAGUGCUGGAGUGGCUUGAGUAGAAGGGUCCUAGGGAGAGAAGUAACUUCCUGCCGCCGUUGGUUGUGGGGGUUUGGGUGUGUGUGUGUGGGGGGGGGCUUCUUUCUUAGAGACUGGUUUUGCCUUUGGGAAGCUUGGCUCUUCUGUAGGGCGGGAACCAGGGCCCCACCUGGCUCCCCAGGAUGGAAAAGAGGGGCGCAGCGGCAGUAGAGGAGAAUUGAGAUGGAUUGGAGGAUUGGUAAGGGCCUUUCAGGGCUGGGGGAGCUAGGGGGCUGAAGCCAGGAAGCAGGGGUUGCUAAGAGUCACUUGGUGAAGGGAACUGGCCUGGCGGAGUGGCAGGGGAGGCAGGCUGCCCUGUACCCGCCCGCCCAAGGGCACUGCAGGAGCCUAGAGAGAGGCUGCAUGGAUGGGCAGGCCUCGGGACGGUUCUGACAGGAGCAAGAAACUGAAUGUGAGAAGCUCGGGUCAUAGUUCAAGCCGGAAUGAAGGAUGGGGGCAAGGAAUGGUGAUCUGUCCGGCUUGAGGUGUGGGUGCAGAUAGUGGGAGAACAUGCAACCUGAGCAGAACUCUAGAUCCUUUUGUUCAGGAGACCCCACCCCACCCCAGCUCUUAAGAUUCAUUGGAUGCUUCCACUGGCUUACCUCCCUUCUGGGAGAGAAAAGGCAGCGGGGCGACUAGGAGAGAGACAGAGACAGUGACAGGCGGCUAAAGCAAGGAGAGGGACUGGGAGACAGCGAAGGAAAGAGCCACAGAAUGUGGGAAUGUGAAAGGACAGAAGACUGAAUAAGGACACUACACAGAAAAGUGAAAGAAGAGAGGGUCUGGGAGUGAGAGGUGAAAAGAAAGAAGCGAGCUGAGCGAAGGAGAGAGAGAGAAACAAGAGACAGAGAGAAACAGAUAAGGAAGCCAGAGAGAAGAGAGAGGGUCCCAGGGUUACUGAGGCCUUGGCCCGGGUGAGUGAGUUCCUGAUAGGGUUUUGAAGUGGGCUCUUUCUUUCUUUCUUUCUUUCUUUUUUUCCGAGGUUCAAUCUCGAGCAGGCAGAGUCAGGGAUGGAGGGACCCAAGCCACUCUGUCACUCUGUCACUCUGUCAUGACCGAGUGGGACAGGAGAAAUACAUAAAUCGGAUCUCCCUGCGCCCUGAGAGCUCAGAGCAGUCAAUCCCCUUGAACAAGAAGCAACAAGCUCCAGGCGUGCGAGCGGCAGAGGGUGGCUACGUCGCGGGGGAGGGAGCAUCUGUGUUGGGGGGGGGGUGCUCACACCCUCACACCUAGUCCCUCGUGUCCGGGGCUGGGGCUCCCCCCUCCGCUGCGCUCCUUCCCUUCCCCCUUCCUCCCCCUUCCUCCCCCGCCCUCCUCCUCCCCGCCGGCCUCGGUCCGCGUACUUAAAGGCGCGCGGGCUGACGCGGGCGGGCGGCCCGGCCGGGCGGUGGCAGAUGCACCCAGCGGUGGCGGCCGCCGGCGGCGCACAGGUGACCGCCCCGCGCCUCGGCCCGGUCGGGGGGCGCUCGGGGACAGCCCGCCGGAGCCCCGAGGAAGCCGCUUCGCCCCCACGGCGUGCGUCCCGGGGCGUGUUGGUGGGCGCCGAUAUAGAUAUAAGGACAUUUCGCUCCAUGGCGUCACGUGACAUAAUUACCACCCGAAUCAAUCAAGAUGAAUUGCACGUCAGCGCCCGGUGGGGAUUUUGGCUUAGCUGAUCCUGGCCCAAGCCUCUUGUGCAAUCGAUGGCUCAGGUUGGCGGCGCGGGGAGCGGCCCGGGGCUGGCGGGCGCGCACGCCGCGGAGCCAUGAACGACUUUGACGAGUGCGGCCCGAGCGCAGCCAGCAUGUACCUGCCGGGCUGCGCCUACUACGUGGCCCCGUCGGACUUCGCCAGCAAGCCGUCGUUCCUGUCGCAGCCGUCGUCCUGCCAGAUGACUUUCCCCUACUCGUCCAACCUGCCGCCCCACGUCCAGCCCGUGCGCGAGGUGGCCUUCCGCGACUACGGCCUGGAGCGCGCCAAGUGGCCGUAUCGCGGAGGCGGCGGCGGGGGCGCGGGGGGCGGCGGCGGCGGGGGCGGCCCCGGCGGGGGCGGCGGCGGCGGCGGGGGCUACGCGCCCUACUACGCGGCGGCGGCGGCGGCGGCGGCGGCGGCGGCGGCGGCCGAGGAGGCGGCCAUGCAGCGCGAGCUGCUCCCGCCCGCGGGCCGCCGGCCGGACGUGCUGUUCAAGGCGCCCGAGCCGGUGUGCGCGGCGCCCGGGCCUCCGCACGGCCCCGCGGGCGCCGCCUCCAACUUCUACAGCGCCGUGGGCCGCAACGGCAUCCUGCCGCAGGGCUUCGACCAGUUCUACGAGGCGGCGCCCGGGCCCCCGUUCGCAGGGCCCCAGCCCCCCGCGCCCCCCGCGCCGCCGCAGCCCGAGGGCGCCGCGGACAAGGGCGACCCCAAGGCCGGGGCGGGCGGCGGGGGGUGCAGCCCCUGCGCCAAGGCGACCCCGGGCUCGGAGGCCAAGGGGGCGGCGGAAAGCGGCGGCGGCGGCGGCGGCGGAGAGGGCCCCCCGGGGGAAGCGGGCGCGGAGAAGAGCGGCGGCGGCGCAGUGGCUCCCCAGCGGUCCCGGAAAAAGCGCUGUCCCUACACCAAGUACCAGAUCCGUGAACUGGAACGCGAGUUUUUCUUUAACGUGUACAUAAACAAAGAGAAAAGACUACAACUCUCUCGGAUGCUCAACCUCACUGACCGACAAGUCAAAAUCUGGUUUCAGAACCGCAGAAUGAAAGAAAAGAAACUGAACAGAGACCGUCUACAGUAUUUCACUGGAAACCCCUUAUUUUGAGAGCUCCAGGAAGCACCCCUUCCCCUGAGCCCCACUCAUUCAUCCUCCUCCCCACCAGCCUCCUCUGGGCAGGCCCAAAUGACCUUGGGUUUAACAACACCUCUUCUCUGUGGAACUUCAGAAUCCUUUCCACCAUCAACUCAGGACCUUCCAGCGACCACUGCAGCCUGCGGACAAGGCCGGGACUUGGCCGAACGGAUCCUAAUAAGGGGAAAAUGGUAAAUGCAAAUGUCCAUUUACAAUUUUACCGCCUCUGUGUUGUUGUUCUCCCUCAUCCUCUUCAAGGCCCAGUGGGGGAUGUUGUGAGAUCUGUGGAGAGUUAGGCCUGGGCUGGAAGGCUCUUGUUUUUGUUGUGAGUUUAAGGAACCUGGUCCUCACCCCCUUAGCCAAUGCAGAUUAUUUAAACUCUGGGAAAUGUACUUUUGGUCUGUCGUAUCAAGGCGUCAGUCAUUGUCUUUUGUGUGAAUAAAUGGUUUCUAGUAAAAUGGAGGUUAUAGUUUCAA